AGCAAAGAGAAAGAUGUUUUAUUAUAAAAAAAGAUAUAUUGUUACAUAUUGCUGUGUGACAGUUUCUUUGGCUUUAACAAGGUUUUGGGGAGCCGGCAAGUUUUGCCUGGUAAUUGACAGCAGUGGGAGGAGCUGCAGGAGUUGUUUCAGUAACUAAUAGAUAAAACUGGUUGGGGGUUACAGUAAAUAAUUUCAGCAUGAAACUAUUCUUGGAGCAAUGUUUCAUUCCCUGAGUGCUUUUUCCUCCUGGCCAAGAAUGACUGAAUUUGUAUGAUCAACCUUCAUACAAAGUCUCAAAUGUAAAGAAAUGCGUGGAAGCUCUUCCUCCCUGGCUGCCCGAGGAUCGCCCGCCAUCAUGAACGACACAGUAACUAUCCGGACCAGGAAGUUCAUGACUAACCGACUACUUAAGAGGAAACAAAUGGUCAUUGAUGUCCUUCACCUUGGGAAGGCAACAGUACCAAAGACAGAAAUUAGAGAAAAACUAGCCAAAAUGUACAAGAUCACACCUGAUGUCAUCUUCGUAUUUGGAUUCAGAACUCACUUUGGUGGUGGGAAGACAACGGGCUUUGGCAUGAUUUACGAUUCUUUGGAUUAUGCAAAGAAAAAUGAACCCAAACAUAGACUUGCAAGGCAUGGCCUGUAUAAGAAGAAAAAGACAUCAAGAAAGCAGCGAAAGGAACGCAAGAACAGAAUGAAGAAAGUCAGGGUGACUGCAAAGGCUAAUGUUGGUGCUGGCAAAAAGGCGAAGGACUAAAGACUCUACAGUGAUGUUAUCUGCAGCCAUUGUAUAGAUUUUUCACAAGAGAAUUAAUAAAGACUUUUCAUGUAAAAAAAAAAAGAAAUGCGUGGAAAUUAGCUUAAAUUUUUCACAAGUAAACAAACUGAUGAUCACAUACAAAAGCCUAGAAAAGAUGUUUAUCUUAUUCCUUGUCAGCCAAGAUUCUUGUGAAAUAUAAGUAACAUUUUAUUGUUUGGUGUUUGUGUGUGUGUGUACGUACGUGUUUGCACACUUCAUAAACAAACACAUGAAAUAUAGAUCAUAUGGUAGGAGAUUAAGAAAAACUGAGUAUCUGUGAGUAGGCUGCCUUGUAUUUCUAUACUUCUUGGUAGCUUGAAAUACCACUGGAAGCUGAGAACAGGAAAGUCUGUUACAUUUUUGGUCUUACUCCUGUGUUCCCUUUCAAAGAUGUUUUCUGGCCAGGGUACCUCCUGUGAUGAUUUCCAUUCCUUGAAAACUCUCAGAGAGGGCAGCGCCUGUGGCUCAGUGAGUAGGGCGCCAGCCCCAUAUGCUGAGGGUGGCGGGUUCAAACCCGGCCCUGGCCAAACUGCAACCAAAAAAUAGCCGGGCGUUGUGCCGGGCGCCUGUAGUCCCAGCUACUCGGGAGGCUGAGGCAAGAGAAUCGCUUAAGCCCAGGAGUUGGA